CGUUUUCACUGAGUGCGCAUGCGCAGAAGGAGCGCAUGAAUUAAAAUGGCUGACGUGAAAGAGAAUGGGGAGAGUGAAUCAAGAAAGAGAAGAAGAGGAUUUGAUUCAGGAGUGGAUGAAAUGCCGGAGAUGGAGCAGACGGGGGAACUGGUGACACCUGCUACCCUCCCAAAGCUGGACAGCAAUCAGAGACACGCCCUAAGCUUAGCAAAGAAAUACGCUCAAGAAAUUACAGCAAAACAUCAACAAGCGAAGCAGAGUGAAGUACAAGUUCAGCAGAUGCAGUCAUUGCAGGAGGCAGCCAACCAGCAAAGAGCACUACUACUGAUGAGCCGUAUAUACAUUGGUAGCAUUAACUUUGAACUAGGGGAAGAGGCAGUCCGAGUUGCUUUCUCUCCAUUUGGUACCAUAAAGACUAUCAACAUGUCCUGGGACAGUGCCACCAUGAAACACAAAGGAUACGCUUUCGUCGAAUUCGAAACAGCCGAAGCUGCUCAACUAGCUCUAGAGCAGAUGACGGGAGUCAUAAUUGGAGGGAGGAACAUUAAAGUGGGACGUCCCAAUAAUGUCCCUCAGGCUGCUCCAAUCAUAGCCUCUAUUCAGGAGAGUGCUGCUAAACUCCCUCGUAUUUAUGUGGCUUCUAUUCAUAAAGACUUGUCAGCUAAAGAUGUGAAGAGUGUUUUUGAGGCGUUUGGUAAGAUCAAGAAAGUCGAGCUAGCCCCAGACACGGCCCCAGGGAAGCACAGGGGGUGGGGCUUCAUUGAUUACGAGAAUCAUAAAAGUGCAGCUGAUGCCAUCUCCUCAAUGAACCUGUUUGAUCUGGGGGGACAGUUCCUGAGGGUGGGACGGGCGUUGACCCCUCCCCUUCCUCUCUUCCCUCCUAAUGCUGCUCCAGUCCUCCCUAGUCUCCUAACCUCAGCUGCUCUGGGCUACUCCUCAAGUCAAAAUAAAGACCCUAACCUUUGUAUUGUGGAUGGUGAUGACAAUGGUAACAAGAAGUCCAUGGUCCCUCCAGUAGCCACUGUCACCAAGACGCCAGUACCAAAGACCGAAGCUCCUUCUCUUGCUGAACUACAA